AUGCAUAUCAUCUAUCACAAAGAACAUGCCGAUCUGGCUGAUAGACCGGCCCCCACCAAAGACCAUCCGGCGUGCCCGUUCGCAUUGGUUUUGUGUCCGACUCGGGAGCUGGCAGUGCAGAUAGAGAAGACCAUCUACAAGUUGGGGAAGUAUAUCGGAAUCACAAGCACUACCCUUGCUGGAGGUCUAUCGAAGUAUGAACAAUUCAAAGACCUCAGGAAGGGCACUUGCGAUAUCGUUGUGGGGAAUCCGGGAAGAUGCAUUGACAUGGUCAAAGAGCAUGGCAUGUCGCUCACUGGGGAUACAGCGUGGGUUGUUCUAGAUGAGGCGGACAGGAUGCUUAAUAUGGGAUUCGAGAACCAGGUCCGCAGUCUAGUGCAGAGGGUUCGGCCUGAUCGGCAGACUAUGUUAUUCUCGGCGACCAUGCCACCCAAGAUUGAACGCCUCGCUAGAUACAUCAUGCAAGACCCUGUGAGGUUGUUCGUCGGAGCUAGUGCUACCACGGGUGGUGCAGCCCAAGCCGUCACGCAGGAUGUGGUGGUGGUCGAGGAAAAGGACGACAAAUUCAACUGGCUCUCGGAGAAUCUGCCGCACAUUCUGGAUGAUGCCCAGGAGGAG